UUUUGUUAGUUUGAGCUCUGUUUGGGACUUUUCGAAAUACUUCUGUUUCAACAUUUUCUUCCAUCCCAAACCCCCUUCCCUCCAAGAAAUUUCCUUCUCCAGCUCCCAAAAUCCUUAGAUAAAUUAGCCUAAAAUCAUACAUAUUGCAGAGAAUUGUUUCUUUCAGACCUUCAUCUUUUUUUUUUCUUGAGAAAAAACUUGCACUUUUCUCUGGGUAUUUGUUUCCCACUGAAAAUUUCCAAUCUUCAAGGAUCUGUUUCCUUUUGCAGUUUGAGUUUCGAAGCAAAUUAUUGAGUAACAAACCAUUCUAUUUUCACGUCUUUUUUCAUUCCUUGAUUGUCACGAACUCCACUGCUACUUAUCUUCAAUCUUUGGCUUAUUGAUCAAGAAAAGUGAGAAUUUUCAAAUAUUGUAGCGCCUGUUGGUCAAAGAUUGAAACUUUAUCCUCUUUUCGAUUUAUCUGCUUUGGUUGAAAACCAGAAAGAGAAAGGCAAAGGGUUUGAUUUAGUGAAACGAUGGGAAAUUGUUGUGCAACACCACAAACAUCCGAUGAGAAGUUGAACGGAAAGCAUAAAAGAAAUCCAUUUGCAACGGAUUACGGUGUGCCAAAUGGUGGCCACAAAUCCUAUGUGCUGAGCAAUCCAACAGGGCACAAUCUGGAGGAGGUUUACGAGCUCGGCCGCGAGCUCGGGCGGGGGGAGUUUGGGGUGACAUACAUGUGCAUUGACAAGGCGACAGGGGAGAAAUUCGCCUGCAAAUCCAUCUCCAAGAAGAAGCUGAGGACUAGGGUGGAUAUUGAUGAUGUUAGGAGGGAGGUUGAGAUCAUGAGGAAACUGCCUAACCAUCCCAACAUUGUCAGCUUGAAGGAUGCCUAUGAGGAUGAUCAUGCUGUGCACUUGGUUAUGGAGCUCUGUGAGGGCGGUGAGCUAUUUGAUAGGAUUGUUGCUAGAGGGCAUUACACGGAGAGGGCUGCAGCGGCCGUGACUCGGACCAUCGUUGAAGUUAUUCAGGUCUGCCAUCAGCAUGGGGUUAUGCACCGUGAUCUCAAGCCCGAAAACUUCUUGUUCGCCAACAUGAAGGAAACAGCACCACUUAAGGCCAUUGAUUUUGGACUUUCAGUCUUCUUCAGUCCCGGACAAAGAUUCAACGAGAUCGUGGGAAGUCCUUACUAUAUGGCCCCGGAGGUUCUAAAGAGAAACUAUGGUCCAGAAGUAGAUGUCUGGAGUGCUGGUGUCAUCCUCUACAUCUUGUUGUGUGGUUUCCCGCCUUUUUGGGCCGAAACUGAACAAGGCGUGGCUCAAGCAAUCAUUCGUUCGGAUGUGAAAUUCAAACGGGAUCCUUGGCCUAAGGUCUCCGAUAAAGCCAAGGACCUGGUGAAGAAGAUGCUCAAUCCAGAUCCAAAACUGCGGCCUACUGCACAGGAAGUUCUAGAUCAUCCUUGGUUGCAGAACGCUAAAAGUGCUCCUAAUGUUUCUCUGGGUGAAACUGUAAGAGCUAGACUGAAACAAUUCUCCACUAUGAACAAGCUCAAGAAGAGAGCAUUAAGGGUCAUUGCUCAGCAUUUAUCCGUGGAGGAAGUGGCCGGAAUCAAAGAUGGAUUCCAGGUGAUGGACACUAGCAAGAGGGGGAAAAUAGACACGAACGAGUUGAGAGCCGGUCUGCACAAGCUUGGCCAUCAUAUUCCAGAAACUGACAUUCAGUUUCUCAUGGAAGCUGGUGAUGUGGACAAGGAUGGUUUCCUCGACUAUGGUGAGUUUGUGGCGAUAUCUGUGCACCUGAGGAAGAUGGGCAGCGAUGAUCAUCUACGCAAGGCCUUUGAGUUCUUCGACAAAAACGAGACUGGCUAUAUAGAGAUCGAAGAACUGAGGGACUCCCUCACAGAUGAGGCAGAGGCGUUGAGUGAACAAGUCAUCAAUGCCAUUAUCCAAGAUGUAGACACAGAUAAGGACGGGCGCAUAAGUUAUGAGGAGUUUGCGGCCAUGAUGAAGGCGGGGACGGACUGGAGGAAGGCGUCGAGGCAGUACUCGAGAGAGCGGUACAACAACCUCAGCCAAAAGCUUAUGAAAGAUGGAUCUCUUCAGAUGACCAACGUCCCUAGCUAAGAAGAAGAUAUGGUUUUUGUAUGAAUUCCUCUUGGUUUUGGUCAAGACUAGAAAAAAUAGGUUGUAAUUUUGUUUUAUGAAAAUAUGAGUUGUAACUAUUUUCUGCUCCAAAAUAUUCGGUUAAUAUA